UGAAACACAAAUAUUACUCCAGUUUCUACUUUAAAAAGUUCUAUUCCGUAAGCAAUUCUAAAUAGCAUUCAGCUUUAUAAAUUCGUAUGAGAGAAAACACCGUAUCGCAUGCGAUUUUCUCAGCCAACACAAGCGCACAAUUUGCUGUCGUUCGUGCAAUCAGCUGAUAAGCGCGCUCACUCGGCAACAGUUUUCUCUGCGCCCACUGAGCUUAACACACAAAAACAAAUGUACCGUUUAUGGCGCGCUCGCCGCUGCACAGUGGCGUUGGAUGCGCAUUGAAGUAGGCGAAACGCAUUGCGGAAAAUUCCCUGCGUUUAAGCAGUAUACACGAAGUGUUUGUUGUGUGUUAUUUUUCGUGUAAAAUGCCAAAAACAACAACAAGGCAGCGCCAGUAAACGCAAUGAAUGCCAAACUGCGACAAAGCGUCGAGGGGAGAAUUCAAGUGCGGCGCGGAGCGAGACGACGGGUGCACGGCCACGUCGUUAGGCUUUGAGGACGACGACGGCGACUGCGACCACCAACACCACGACGAUGAUGAUGACGAUGGCGACGACGACAACAACGAAGACGAAACAUGCAAAGGCAAAAUAAUUUCCCAGCAGUUUUCGCGUAGCUUUUCUCUCGUACAAACGUGUUGCGGGUGAAAUGGAAAUCGAAAAUUCAGAAUAUUUUAUUUGAAUUCAAUUUGAAAAGUGAACAGUUAUACAUUAUGAUUAUUUUGUAAAAAAUGUUAAAAAUAUUAAAAACCAGUUAGUGAAAGUUCUAUCGGAAAAUUAUAAAAAAAAAAUAUUUGAAGUGUAAAUUGUUGUAAAUAUGUAAUUUGCAAACAAGUGCACAGAAUUUACUUGUUAAUAAUGUGAAAGCUAUGUGAAAAGUGUAGUGCGAGAAACACGUUGCAGUGAAUAAUGUUAUUUACCAUAGACGUAUAAAAUGAAAUGAUUGCAGAAAAUCUCAAAUAUUUAAGUAAAGUACGAAAGAAAAAAAAUUGUAAAACUGCAAGUGAAAUCACAAAAGCAAAAGUGGCGACUAGCGCCAACAUGUGGCAAGUGAAAACUGCGGCGAACUGAAAUGAAAUCACUGCGGCACAACAAGUGCAGCUGCGAAAGGAAAUAAAGCAAAGCAAAAACGAAAUGCAGGAAAGCGUGCAAUCUAAUCAAAAUUUGUAAUUUGUGCUAAGCAAACAAAAAAGCUGUUUUGACUGCGAGCGCAAGCAGCAACAACUACUCAACAACAACAGCAAAACAAAGCAAAAAGUAAAAAAAAAAAAGAAUUAAAUAAUAAAUAAAUCAACUAAAAUUGUGUGCAAAUUAACGCUGAAAAGUGCUUAAUCGUUAACGGGAAAACACAAUAAGAAUUGUUAAGUGCUUGCAAUUUGUUGACAGCCCAAUUGCAGUUGGCUGCUGGUGCAUUAAUUGGCCGCAACGCAAAGUGAAAAUCAUAGAUUGAUUAAAAAUAUUUUCUGAAGACAAAAUUGUUGUGGAAUUUGUGGUUCGUUUAGUGUACAUGUGUAUAUGCUGUUGAAACUAUGAAACAGAUGCAGUGUAAUCAUAAAUAGUGCUACAUAAUUGAUGUGCUAACAAUUAAAGUAGAUAAUUUAACACAUGCAACGUAUAAAAAAAUCAAAAUGAAAUUGCGAUCCGCUAAGCUGAAUUGAUUAAAGCAUAAAGGCUAAUAAUAAUUCAUUUAAUAUAUAAUUAAUAUCUUUUUAGCAAACAAAAAAUAUAUAAUAAAAUGCUACAAUUUCCGCCGCCAUUCACGAUUGUUUGCCAGCAACUUGCUACUUUCGACAAAGCGCGUACCAUCGCUCAUGUCAGCAGCGUCAAUCAGGUGGAGUUUGACCGCGUGUUGGACGUCAUCGAUAGGCAAGUCGAGCGCGAAUCGUAAUUGUAUUUAGUAUGAAUUUUUUAUGAAGCGUCGUGCCAUGUAAUGAGUAAUAGUUGGAGAAACACUACAUUACCACUUUGUACACAAUAACAAAAAGAGAGCAGUGACGACAACAUAUAAAUUGCGUAACUUGGUGGGCGGUACUUUGUGCGGGCUUUGUGUAGUUACUCAUGCGUCUGCAAAAUUUCGCAUUUUAGUGUUGCGAAUUAAAAAUUGUGCCGCGUAAUGUGGCAAGUAGGCGCGAACAGCAAUGCAAAGCAAAAAGUGUUGAGUAAGUGCCAAAAACUUUGCGAGCCAAAAAUCAAAAAGUAAUAAUAAAAUAUAAAUAAAUAAUAAAAAUUGAAAUUGAAAUAUAAAUAUAAAAUAUGCUUAGCGGGUUUUAGUGUAGCACAAAUGUCACUAAUGCGUUUGCUUGCAUAAAAGUGAAAGAGCCCAAAUUGCUAAAAUUUUCUGCAAUAAAACGACAUGAAUGCGUAAAUAAAAUUCCAUCGAAGUUCAUCUAGUAACUAGAAAUGGUGUAAUGAACAAAAUAUAUAUUAAUAAUAAAUAUUUUAAAUUAAUAAUAUGAAAUUCAAAUCAUUAAAGUUGCAAUAAAUGUCAAACAAUUCAAAAUUACCUGUUAAAGUAGCUAAUUUCAUAUAAAAAAUAAUAAUAAUUUUAAUUAAACUAAUAAAAAUUAGUAAAUACGGUAGCGAAAGUCAUUUCCACUUUGUUAAAGCCAAAAACAUGUGUUCCAAUUAAUUCUAAGUAGGCGUCAAGCAAACACAAUUCUCGAAACCAACACCCCACCAUCACUAUGGCUGGUCCACAGGUGCAACAUUCACAUUCGCAGCGCCCCAACAGCGCCUACUACAUGGGCCUUAAUGGCGGAGGCGGCGGCGGCAUUGCUAGCAACGGCCAUCACAUUGGCGGUGCGGCGCACACGCACACAACCACAGCAACGAGCAUAAGCACUAGCAGUAGCGUGAACACUGGGUUGCAUGCGCUGCGUCAAAUGUCCAACGACAUGGAGCUAAUAUAUCGCGGCAAUAGCGCCAAUUCCAGCCAUCAAACGCAGUCCACGCACGUCAUACAACAACAGCCAACGGUGGGGACAGCGGCCGACAACCAUAGCAGCAGUUUGGCUGAUAUGGGCGGCGGUGGCGUCGGUGGUGGUGGUGGUCAAAUUGUCAGCAUAGCCGGUCCCGGGCCGAGCGCUAGUGAUGCUUUAAUUGUUCCUUCAAAUGCGGCGAUAAAACGCAGCAAUUUGGCGUCGUCGAAAACGGCACAGCGUAGUGUUGAGAUUGUCGUCGACGCGUCGCAGUGUGGUGUCGCCGCUGAUGGCGAUGGCGAUGGUGACGGCGCGGACGGCAAGUCUGGCGAUGACGUUGAACAGGGCCGACGCAUGUCGCGGCAUCGGCGUCGGCCAUUGCAUCGUCGCUUUUUCAAUUACCUGCGCAAUUUGUUUCAAGGCAGCGCCGCUCAAAACGAUUCGGAAUUGGAGGAAUUUGAGACGCCCGCACGUUAUCGUCCCGAUUCCUUAAGUGCCCUCAGUCGUACCACGCGCUUCACGGAGGAUGAAAUCAAACGAAUUUAUCGCGGUUUUAAGGCUGAGUGUCCGACGGGUGUCGUCAAGGAGGACACAUUCAAACUAAUCUACUCGCAGUUUUUCCCGCAGGGAGCCAAUCCCACCCUGUAUGCACACUACGUUUUCAACACACUCGAUCAGGAUCACAGCGGCAUUGUUAGCUUUGAGGACUUUGUGCAAGGACUAUCGAUAUUGUCGCGCGGCUCUGUGGAGGAGAAACUACGCUGGACAUUCUCGUUGUACGACAUCAACGGCGACGGCUUCAUAACGAGGGAAGAAAUGACUGAUAUUGUGACUGCCAUUUACGAACUGAUGGGACGCCUACCGGACGAGUGUCCCGAGGAGGAGAAAAUCAAAUGCAAAGUCGAACAUAUAUUCCAGAAAAUGGACAAAAACCGCGAUGGUGUGGUGACGCUGGAUGAGUUUCUGGAGACAUGUCGAAAUGAUGAAGCCAUAUCACGGUCAAUGUCCGUCUUCGACUCAGCGUUCUGCCAUAUCCAUUGGAGAAACGAGACGAGAGUGCCGGUAAUUACCGGCAACACAAACCACACUCAACGGGUAGGGGCAAGGGGAUUACUGCCGCAGGAACUAAUCACAGUCGUACACGUAGUAGUCGCAACAGACGCAAACAAUCAUCAUCACAACAACGUCAACAGCAAGAGCAACAAAUGUCGCAACAACAAGCGCCACUGGAUGAGCAAUCACAACGCGACAAAUGUAAAAAGCCAAAUAAACUCAUCACAGCCAGAAUUGCAGUCACACGAGCAGCAACAAGUCGAUGUACUAAUCAGCCAAACUGCAACCGCAAAUUGUGCGAACCCUCAACUGCGUGAAGUCCAUGACAAGCGCACCGUUACGCACAGCAUCGAUGCAGCCAACGCACAUACUUCCAGCAGCGACGCCUCCACUGCCUCCUGCGACAGCGAUAGCGAAGAAGCGGUCAGCGAGAAGCUCUCCUCCAUGUGCCAUCACUGCCUGCGGCCCCAAAUUGAGCUGCAGUUGCGCCAUUUGCGUCCGCAGCAGCGCCGCCAAUGGCACAGAUUGCUGCAGCAGCAGUGCAGCAAGCGACGUACGAGUAAAUCGCGCAAGGAGGUAAGUUGGAGCGGUGCGCACCAUGACAAUAGCAGCGGUAGACGCGACGGGCACGGCGGCGGUGGUGGUGGCGGUAGUGCGGGUGCAGUACAUGCCGGGUUGCCACGUUAUGGCGCCGGUGACUACAUGCUCCCCUCGAACACCUAUACGAGUGGUGUGCAUUGGUCGCGACGUGAUGUCAGCGCGGCGGUAAGAUAUCGCUGUCCGCAGGUGGGACCCAAGUCAGCACCUUAUCACUUCCAUCAUCCACAACAACUACACAAUGCAUAUCAGUUGCAAUUAUUGCUGCAACAAUGUGAUUAUGUGCCGCCAUCGUACUACCAGCCGCAGCAGCAGCAACAACAACCAUAUUAUGAGCGGCAUGCGGCAUUACACAAUAGCAAAAUGGACUACAACAACACCACCACAACUACUUCUACUACAACUACGGCCACAACGGCAACAACUAUUAAUAUUGAAUGUGAGUCUCACAUGCAAUUGCACAAGCAACAAGAUAGAAAUGUAAGAAUGCAGUUAAAUCAAAAUUUAUACGCAACAACAGACAUACAAACUGCCACAUCGAGCGCAUGCAGUGAGAACUGCUGCGCAAGCAACGCCAGCUCGGUGGCGGCGUCGGCACUCACUGCAGCAGCGGGGAAUGCACUCACUUUGCCACCUCGAUCUACUACUCAUCCUCUGGAUCGCGCCACCAGAGGCACCGUCAGCGACAGCGAGUUGCAGUUGCAGCAGCACCUUCCCACAUCCGAGUCACCGUCUCUGGUGAAGGUGCGCGCCUGGUAUACGGUGGCCAAACAGGGUGUUUCUUGCUAAUAGUAGUUUCAUUCCUACAUAUAUCUGUCGUCUAUGGGGCAACUUGGUAUUUUUGCUAGCAGCGCUUACUUCCUUACUAAUUGGGAUUUGAGUGUGGUUGUUUGUUUUGAGUUUAUGAAUACAUGAAUAGCUUUACGAGGUUCCUAUAAAUUCAGUUGGUCUUUCAGCAAGUUCAUCCACCGUCACACACUUAGCACUCUCCAUAAACACUUUACAUCCCACACAUAGUUCGGUUCACCAACGUUUAAAAGGUAUAUCAGAGAAAAGUUUUUUAUGUUGAACAAGAUAAAGAAAAUGUAACAGAACAUAUAUUUCAGAUGGUUUUAGAAAAGAUUUUAUGAUAGUCCCCUAUACAAAUUAAUUGAUAGGUUGAAUACAAGAUAUUAGAUUAGUCUUUUUAUCUUGUCUUAUAGCUAUGAUAGAUUUUCGUGACUAAAGUGUUCCUCUCGUGUUCUCCUCGGAUCAAUUCUGUGACCUUGAAGCGGAGACACCUGAGUAUAUACUUCUUGACCGUCCGGUGAUAACGAGGAAAAGGAGUCAGAUAGAGAGCACAGUACACCUUAGGACGCAGUGGAUUCCUCAAUUAUAAAUCUAAUUUAAUCUAAUGUGUUUGAUUCAACACUCUCAAAAAACUAAAUCUUUUUCGUUGUAAAAUUCUUUUUAGAUGUUGGGCAAGUACAAAUUAAUUAUAGUAAUAAAAAAUUAAAUUGAAUUGAACUCCUCGGAAUGCCGAAUCUAUACAUUUUCAAGAUUCUUGGCACAAUUUCUAUGAAAUGUUUUACUUUUUGGCAUAACGAUUUCACUGUGUGAACACAGCUUAAUGUAGUUUGCGUAGUUCGUUAACAGGUUGUCAACCAAUUAUCUAUGAUAAAUGGAGCAUUGCAAAAAAAAAACCAUUGAUAAGGUUUCGAACUUGAUUGGAGAGCAUGAUAAUAUUAUAAGGUGAGCAGUAAAAUGAGUUUACCAAUAGCGUGGAUGUAAGAAAUGAUAUUUUAAGAAAUCCUAACCUAUUUUUAAAUGAUGCUGAGCUUCUGAGGCAGAAUAGUAAUCAGAAUUAAAUUCCAUUAAUAGAUGCUGUAAUACAGACUAGAAUUCAAAAAGUUUAGAGUUGCUAUAGUGUAACCUCCCAUUAGCAGUGUGAUUAACCUCAGGAUAUAAUUUUUUUCAAGUUUUAUCGCAAAAAUAAUUUGUCUAGCUUGUAUAUCUAAAAUAUCUAAAGUCGUCCCCUUCUUGGUUCGCAUUCCCGGUUCUUAACUAAAAAAAUUUUUUAUUAUGUUGUUCUCAACGAUGCAUUCAUCACAUCUUUGCUGCAUACUGAUUUCCUUUUUUUCCAACACUAUUAAACUAUUUAAAGCUUUCUAUAGAUUUAUCAGACUUAAUUCAAAUUCAUUUGUUGCAAGGCUUUAUUGUGUGCGUAUAAAUUUGUUUUUAACUGCAAACAUAGAUUUAGAACAGUAUGAUUUAUGACACAUUUGUGUACUAAAUAAUUAAGUAUUUGAGUAUUUGUGUACAUAUAUGUGUGUUAUUUAGUAUAUUAAAUAUUAAGUAAAAAUUAUUUAAUUUUAUAUCCAGAAAUCUGUGUGUUUGUAAGCGGUUAAAUGCAAAGGAAAACUCAUUUUUUAUGCUGAAAGAUUUUACAUGUCUUUUGAUAAUGUAAAUAAUUGAUUCAAAAUAUUACUUUUGUUCUUCAAUUUUUAUAAAUGUAUAAUUAGCUAUAUUUUCUAAAUUUUAAUCUUUAUUAUAAAUAAAUAAGUAUUACCCAAUGAAAAAGCAUAAUGAAUGAAGUAAUUUUUGUAAAACAAUUGUUUGAUUGGCCACUAUGAAUAAAAAUAAACUACCUAUAACUUUUCUACCUUUCAUUUUCGUAUUUUUCUUUUAUUUAUUUAAGUUUUUACUUUAUUUAAAGAAAAAUACUAGGUAAAAUAUGUUUGAAUCAUUUUCAUAUUUCAUUAGGACAGAUUUCUAACAUCACAGUGUGUGAAAACGACAUUGCCAACGCUUGCAGAAUGGUAUAUCGAAUGACUAGCAUUGAUGAAAUAGUUAAUCACAUAACGAUUUUAAAGCAAUAGAAAUAUCUGCAUUAUCCGUUGAGCUCAAUAAAUUUUAUUAACCAUGUUGUUUCUUUUUGAUUUUUUGCAAAUCAACUCUGCUCGAUUAAUGUUUUAAAACGAAGAUGAAUAUUAUUAAAGAUAUGUGUUAUGACCUUUUCGCGCAGGAGUUAAUUAAUCAAUUAACCAGCUUUUACUCGAAUAAAGUGCUGAUUUAGAUCGAUUUACCACACAAAAGAAAAAGCUUAAUUUACUACAUUAAUGUUUAAUCGAGUACAAAUCUAGUUGAAAUUGUAAUUCAACUCGGAGUGUUGUAGCUGUAAUGCUGUAAAUUUGUCUGGGUUUAUGGAAUAAUUAGCUGAUGAAACUUACAAAUUUCUUAUGAACAUCAGGAGGCUGUGCGAAAAGCAAAACCUGAGUUCUCGAUUAUAACCUUAAUGUAUUAAAUUAAUUUGGCUGUGCGGAAAGGCUGAUAGGCGUUUAAACGACACAUAGUACUUUAGAAGAUCGAAUUGCUGUUAAGAAGUUAGAAGUUACGCCUUCCCUUUAUAUAACAUACCAAUUUCAGUUUAUUCUUAAAUUCGUAAAGUGCACUGUCAAAUAUAAUAUCAAUUAUUUGUUAGUUGUAUAUAUCUUUAUUAUCUAAUAAUAUACGUAUAAUAGCUUUUCAAUAAUAUUUGUGGACAUUUUAGCGCUCAUAUUGUUUUCUGAUUUACAGUGAUCGCCCUCAUUAUUUAUAAAAUCAAUAACUCACUCACUCAUGUUGUACUCAAUACUACACAACUUAAUUAUCCCUUAGUCUGACGAGACAAUUAGUGCUGUUAAAGAGUACAGCAAGGCUUAAGCAUAUAUGUAUUAUCUUAUAGUUUUAUGCCACUGAAAGUGUUUUCAUUAUACAUAAAUUACUGAAACCAAUCAUUUUCGCACAGGAGUAAAUUGUUCAGUUAACCGCUCUUUGCUCGAUUAAAGCGCUAAUUUAGAUCGAUUUACCAUACAAAAGAAAUUUAAACAAUGCAAAAUAGUAAUAAUUACAUUUCUCUCUUUCUCUCUCAUUCUCUUUGAACAAUAUGUUAUGCUUUUUUGUUUUAUUUUAUUUCAAUAUUCAUAUUUUGUUUUUGCUGCUUGUAAAUUUGGCUGCUUUGAAUGCUGUUCAAACACAAUAAACUCAAUGGAAAUCGCUCCUUUUGCUGUGCCACCUAUACGUACAAAUUGCGUACACGUAAAUGUAUAAAACCCGUUUGCAUGCAGACACAACACAAAACAAUUGAUAAUAAAUCCUAACAAUAUGAGAAAAAUAUUACACAUACAUGUGAGAGGGGAGCUGUAAUAGAGCAGGAAAACUUAUUUUAAAGUUUCGCUGUUUACUUUCAUGGUGUAUUAGUUUAAGUGGAGGUAUAUGUGAGAGUAUCUCAAGUGAAAAUAAUACACACAAGGACACUUUCCACACACACAGUCACCUACCCACAAGGAUACACGUACACACGCACACACCUGGGAAGCACCACCUGAAGGCAAGCUGCAUGCACACAGCAACUUUGUUGACAUAAAGCAGAGAAACUAGCAUAUUUUUAGGCGCACACACUAUCUGCUAAAAAUGGCUACGAGUUACAAAAAACACAUGUGUCUGUAUGUGUCUAUUGCCACACUUUUUCCAAACACGUAGUUGAACUUUUCACAUUUUCAACCAUUUCCUUUGUGACGUGCGGCAGCAACUGCAACAACGCCCAGAAAAAGAAAAAAACUCAAAACAAAAACCGCUAAAUUUGAACAAUACUAAAUGUUAAAUGAUGGAGAAACUCUUUGGAAGUGGACGAGUGUUGAAAAUGCUUUACUUUAAAGAAAUGAAUGCGCUGAUGAAACGAAAGCUUUACAAUAAAAUAUAGCAACAAAACUAAGUUCUAAAGUAUGUGAAACUAAACUAAGCAACUAAAACAUUAAGAUUACAACUAAUAUAACUCAAACUAAAAUGGGAGAAAAAAAAAUUAUUUAAUUCGGUGUUAAAAAUAAGAAUUUCCAAAAACUCUAACAAAAUAAGUGCAAUGUGAACGCAUUUGAUUAUCUACUAGAAAUCAAGCGAAACCCAAAUUGUUGUAAGGACUCUGAAUUGUUAAUUGUGUGUGUAUAAAAGUAUAAAAUUGCGCAAGUAAGAGUGCUUUCUGGUGGAAAUAAUUGUCGAUCGCGUUGAGUAGUGUUAAGUAAAUGUAAAUUUGAGAAGGUAUGGAAUGGGUUUAUAAUUACAAUGUUGGCACUGAAUUGGUCUCUUUAUGAAAGAGUUAAAAUUGUUUACCCUCUUAACUAUUUGUAGGACAAAAAUUGUUGUUGUUAAAUAAAUGUGUACGUACGUAAAUUUUGUGUCGGUAGCGAGCAAGAGACUAUACUCUUCAAAACUAAAUAACUUAUUUAAUACAAUUUAAUACAAUUUUCUUUUUUCUCCCUCAUUAAUUUUUAAAUAAUCAUAUUUGUGAGGAAAUCAAGUUUGGUGAAUUAUCUUACGGAGAAAUCUGUGACCGAUUUUGUAACGGAUAAUUUUUAGCGUGCUUUUAUCGUUCUUUCAUGGUUCCUUGAGGACUUCAAGUAAGAGUCAUGAACCCUAUCGAAAGACACCGCCGAUCUAUGCACCGAGAUGAAGUUGUUCAACCCAUGGAGCUAGGUAUCAUACUUGCUUAAAUUACGAUAUGCUCAUCUCAUCAUCUUAAUGCAUCUGUUCCUGGAUGGUUAAUGUUCUUUCUGUAGCCAAGCCCUUUCUGAGCCUGCAAUCCAAACGAUGUCAAAUUCCGAUUCUUAUACUGUCUUUAAAAACUCAUGUGAACAAAUAUCCAACACAGCAUUUGAAAGUCGAAAUUUUUUUCUUAAUAAUUCAACUAACCAGCUCUAGGAGCGAAUUUCUGCUGAUUUCGACUGCUUUGCUAAAAGAUCUUAAAAAUCAUUUACAAACAUGUCAACGUGUCAAGAAUAUUAUUCGUUUCUUUAGGUAUACUGAAGUCAAUUGUCAUAAAUAAAACCAUGACUAGACUAAACCAGAAUUCAUAAGUAUUCAUAAAUCAUUUCGAUACUUAUAUUUAAGUAUCUCAAAAGUAGUCUGAAAUACUUACAUUUCCUAUAAGUGAUUUGUAAAUCGUACUUUCACAGAUGAUUUGGUAAUUUUUGUCUGAAAAAACCUCUUUCCAUAUUCGAAUCCAAAGUGCACUACUGCACAUUUUUUUUUUGACGAAAGAGCCUGAACUGUGGGCAUAUUGUAUGUUAAUAUUACCAUUUAAAACCAUGAUUUCUUAACUAUUAAUAUUAUAUUGCUUUAUUGUUAUAGGGUCCCUUGCUCAAAUAUGUGUUGCGUAAUUUUAAAGCAGGAAAUCAAAAAAAAAGUAAACAAAUCUUCAAUAUUUAUUGAUAGCAACAUUUUUAACUUCAAGCUUUACUAAACUCUUUAUACUUUCCCAAUAUCUAAACUAAGCGACAAAUACCACUUGUUAUGAAAUUACAAAAAAAUUAAAAAGGAAAUUAGCAAACAGUGAAUUGAUGUAUGUGUCUUUUAAUUAGUAAAACAAAUCAAAUUUACCUAAAUAAUACUAAAUAACCUAGUUAAAUUUGUAUUAAAAAUGGCAUAUUAAUGGAAAUCAAACUGAUAUUAGAUAAUAUAUCAAAACAACUUCGUUUAUAUUUAUUAGAAAUAAAUUGUCAAGCAGAAAAUACGAGUAUGUGAAAAUAAAUAUGUUAUGUAAAUAAGUAAACAAUAACUGUAACUGAAAUUUGUGCAAGUUUCAUAUAUGUAUGUGUAUUCGUAAUUAGCUAUUUUUUAACUACUAUUCACAAUAGGUUCGUGAGAGCGAAGCAAGUAAUACAUACAUAUACUAAUAGAUAAAAAAUCGGUUUGAGAGUUGUAGCUAUAUAUUUAUAUCUCACUGAUAUGCUUUACUGAGUCUGUAUUGCUAAUAGUUUUCUGCGAAAAUCUGAAUAGUUAUUUCUUUUUAUGUGAGUCAGUAGCCUUGGUCCAACUCUAGAGUAUACUUUAGUUAGCAGCAAGCUUCAUUGAAAGAGUCGACACUAUUUUGAGUUACCAAGUCUGCAACAAAAGACUUAACAUGCUAAUCAAUUCUUUUUGAGUCUUAAACUUAAAAGUGAAUACUGCUUCAAUCACAAUUAUAUAGUUUUUAUAGAUCAGUUACUGGCUAACUAACAGCUGUUCGCGCUUUAAUUUUUGAGCCGAAAAAAUCUCUAUUUUGAGAUAAAACAUACAUUUAACUAAUUUAAAUUAAAAUAUACUUUAGCUUAUCUAAAGUUUACUUUAAAAUUAUAAUAAAUAUAUUGUAUUUUAGCAUUUCUUAAGAGCUGAAAAAAAUCGUCUCUAACUUGAGAUAAAGUAUACUUUGGCAUAUCUAAAGUUAACUAUAAAUUUAAAGUAUACUUUAAGAAGUUAAAUAAAUUUUAAAUGAGCACAUUUGAAGUCAAAUUUAAGCCAAAGUAUACUUUAGCAGAUUUAAAGUUGACUUUAAAUACUUUUUUGCGGAUCAUCCUGCUUUUCAGACAUUCUAAUUUUUAUUAAAUAUUACGUAUAUAUGGAAAAUUAUUAAGAAUUCACCCCUAAAAUCUGUACAUAUCAGCAUAAUAAUUUCAGUAUGAUUAAUUUGUUUGUUGAACUUAGUGAGUUUUCUCUUCAGUCGUAAGCCUAACCAAUCCUGCCAUAACUUAUGUAUGAAAUGAAUAUUUUAAUUUCAUUUUUUAAUAAGCCUGCAUGAUUGUUCAGUAAUAUCGUUCCAUGUUUACCGUAAUCUGUGGAUCAGCACACUAUUUGCAUAAAAAAUGGCUCCAAAAAAACUUAAUGCAACAACAAAAUAUUGAAUAAUAAUUUCCGCUUUAAUGUUGUUUUUGUACAUGUAAAAUAUUAGCAAAAACUUAUAAAUGUUUGUAUAUAAGUAGGAUUCUAAACAAUUUCAUUGUCUUUUAUCUAUAUAAGAGACUUCUAAAAGAUUUGCAUAUUGCAAAACAAAGAAUAAACACAAAUAAAUUUCUAAAUGUAAGUUUUUAUGUAUGUGAAUGUAAUAUAAAUACGUACGUAUAUGUUUAUAUGUGUGUACAUUGUAGUCUUCCGAAACAAAAAAAAAAAAAAACAAAACACAUUUCAAAUAGAACAACGUUCUCCAAACAAACGAAAACUAAACAAUCCAAAAGUGUAUGAAAACAAGAAGAAACAUAAAUUUAUGAAAAAUUAUUUGCAUAAACAGUACCAACAAUAAAAACAAUCAACAAUAUAAACGAAAUGAUGAACAAAAAUUUAAACAACAACAAUUUCGCAAAACUCUCGUACCUUAGAAUGAAACAAAUCCCAAAGCUUUUUAAAGUAGUAAGUACUAUAUGUAUUUGAAAUCGGUGUGUGUACUUAAAUACAAUUAUAUGCUAAAAUUACAAUUUCAAGUAGUAUGUUGUAUAUACUAUAUCUAUGUAGAGGAAUACAAUAACACUUAACUCAUAAUUACAGCCCCACGCGUGGUGUUUGGCAAAGGAGACGCAAAGUAUUUUUGAAUAAGCGUUAGUAUUUUUAACGGUAAAUUACUAGUGCGAACUAUUUUUCGAUACGUGUUUGAGGGGAUAUUCAAAAUGCAAGUGGGCAUCACUUAUUAAAUGUAAAAAAUCGGCAAAUCAGCAAAUAAUGGCGGGCAAUAACUUUUUAACAAUAACACUACAGUAUUGUUCAACAAAAAAUAGGUUUCCAUUUUUCUCUAGAACUGCUUGUUUAAGUUAAUAUUUAUCGCGUUUCUGCAAUGAAUAUAUUCAAAUACUUGACACACUAUAAAAUAAUAUAUUUAUAUAGUACAGUCUGCGUACUUAAAACACUUCUAUAUACACCCACCACAACAAAACGACGAACUAAACUACUUACUAAGCCAUAAAUUUAAAAUUAAAAUCAUAUUCCGCACUUGUGGUCUAAACAAAAACGUAAAUUUAACUGAAAAUAGAGUGAGUAUAAAUUCAGAAAUACUUAUAAUUGAGAUUUACGAACAAUAUUCUACUUAUCGAAAAAACAAUGGAUUGUAUGAAACCACUUCUAUAAUUUUAAUAUUACAAUAUUUUUUACUGAAUCAGUCAAGUUCAAACUUUUCGAAUAUCUAUGUAUACUUUUCUCAGAACCUUUGGAAAGUAGGGAAUCGAACAAACACUGUCAGCUGUUUCAAAACACUGUCUGCUAAUUAGAAUAUGAAUAACGGAUGACUCAAAGUUGAGCUCAGUGAACUGUGAAUUAUUUUCUGGGGAAUAUUUUGUAGAUGACACGUGCUGUUUUCGAUUUUCCAUAUCUCUGCGCUCUAGCUUUGGGCGCUGGUUUCUUGUCAAUAGUUAUACAAGUAAAGGCAACAACAAAAGUAUACUUGAAUUCGUACGAGCGAGUAUACCAGGAUUGCUUUCAACAUAUAGAUAGUUUUUUCGAUUGACUUCUCUCAAGUGCUUUACGAGGGUUGCUUUCAACAUAUAGAUAGUUUGACCGAUUGACUUCUCUCAAGUGCUUUACGAAUCGAAGACAGCUACAAUUAGCUUCAUUGUGAUUGUGUUUGAGUUUCUUACAGAAAUUAUCAAAUUUUAUUAUUGUUUGUUCAGUUCAAACGAGUGUCGUAAUAUUCUUCACAGAAUCAUAAACAGUUUUUUUUACCAAUUUUUAAACCGGCACUAUAAAUUCUGGUCCAGAAUGAUCUCUUACUGUUUUAAUCACGGUUGGGCCCUAUUUAGGUAUUUAUUACCAAAAGAAUGGACAUUUAAUUCUAACAUUUCAUUUCGACUGGAAAAUAGAUAAGACUGUAUUUUCUUAAAGCCAAACCUUUUCAGCACCAAUAUUGAGCACUCUUGGACCAGGAGAUAUUUAAUCCCACAAGUGAUCAAAUGACACUAUUUGCGGUAAUUGCGCUGCAGAAUAAUCUGUGCUCAUUGCUCUCUCUGAGAUGCAGUUUUGAAUACCACAAGUAUGAUGCACAUCUUGAUGAAAUAAGUCCAUUUGGCGACAUUAUCUUUGGGUAAGAAGACCAGUGGAAUAUCCUCACCUAUACUCCUCAUGUUCUGAGACAUUUCUUGUAUCCUUACCUUGUCGACAUUUAUUCGGUGACUGGGAUGAGGUCAUUAUUCACGGAUCUUGUCAGAUAUUUAUUACUAAAAUAAUUUAUAUUUAAAACAGUAAAAUUAAGUUCUUUUUGAGAUAAUCGAAGUGUUUCCAACAAUUUUGUAAAAAAUGUUGAAGUAAAAUUCCAAACCAAUGAUGAAACACUCUUGUACAAUAAUGAGCUAAAGAAAUGAAACAGCGAUUGUUUAGUUUUCAGUGGUUUGAAUGGUUUGCUACACAAAUCAAGAAAAGAUGGAAAACAUUGAAACGAAAUCGUUAAGUACAUAAAAGUAUUUAUUAAGCUGGUAAAGUGUGUUUUAUAUAUAAAAUGGAAACGUACUAUAAAAAUACGUUUAUGUGUGUAUUAAGUGUACCAGUAAGGAUUAGGCCUAAAAGCUGUUACACAAACGGAUGACGAUCACGAAGAACAAUGAAAACGAUACUCAGUAAAAUAAAAUGUAGUUAUCGUUAAGAACAAAUAUAUAUAUAUAUAUAUAUAUAUAUGUAUAUAAAGCAAAGUACAUUAACAAACUCUGGAAGUUACGUAUAUAUGUGCGAGUAGAACUGUAGCCCUGUUGGAAAAUCUCGUUUUAGAGGAUUUUUAACUGCGGUGAAAACCAGGAAUAUUGCAGAAAUUUAGACAAAAAUCGAAGCAGAAAAUAAGUAGCAACAACUUUAUGUAUUUGAAUAUUUUACGCGACCAAAUAAAUACAAAAACAAACAACAAUGUGAGAAACUUAACAUAUAAAUAAAUACAAAUAAUUGUAGUACCUUAGCAACCAAUGUAAAAACAUAAUAAAAACAAAACAAAAAUACCAAAUUCUUUUAAAUAAUGCAAACUAAUUGCAGUUUGCAAAAACAAAAACUGAUUGAGAUUGAACUAAAAUGCACGUAAGUGCAAUUUGUGUGCAACAUUGUAUAGCAGCGUAUAUAUGUAUAUGUAUAUAAAUUUAAGAUGAAAAUUCGCAAGAAAAUCAAUACGCACUGAACAUUCUUGGAGUACAACUCAAGGACCAUGUGCUGGUAAACCGUUAUUUAUUUAAUUAUUAAUUGUUGUCAGUUUGUAACUAGUGCAACAAGUGUUGAGGUGAUUAAUAAUAGAAAUGUUUAAGCCAUAAAUAAUUUUACCAGGGUUGCACCUGCGUCUAUAUGUAUAUGUUUGUAUGAAUGUAAACUAGAUAAAUUCCAAACUAAUAAAUAUCAGUGGCAAAUGGACAAUUUUAUUGUUAUUAAAUUCGAUAUAACAAACCAAAAGAGAUUAAAUGUAAACAAAAAAUUGAAAAAACUAACAUAUUAAAUGAAAACAAACAAGCGCAUAAAACAAAUAAAGCGCACUGAAACUCAAACUCAAA